CUCACGAUCAACAAAUCCCCCGACUCACCAACUCCCAUCAACCCCCGUUCUCUCUCUCAACUCUUCAAGAAGUUCGUCUGAUCUCCUGCUUGCGUGCGCUGACAUCCUCCUCGACCCCAUCUCCCCUCCCUUCCUUGUCCACUCUGCCGAGUCCUGUUCUGCCUCGAAUGUAUCUUUCUUUGCGUGAUCCGCGUUCCGUCCAUCUCCCGUAUAUUCACCCCGCGCCGACGCGAUGGCGCGCUCUCUUGUGUGAAUGCGCGCGGAAAUUGAGACUCUUUCAUCCAGGUUUUCGAGAUAAGCAUCAAUCAAGAUGUCCAAGCUCUUUAUUGGUGGCCUUUCCUGGCACACCGAUGACGUUACUCUUCGUCAGAAAUUCGAGGAGUUCGGCGCCGUUGAGGAAGCUAUCGUAGUCAAGGACCGAGACACUGGUCGCAGCCGUGGCUUCGGUUUCGUUCGCUACAGCCAGGAGGCCGAUGCCGAAGCUGCUAUCAGCUCCAUGAACAAUGCCGAGUUCGAUGGCCGCUCUAUUCGUGUUGACAAGGCUUCUGAGCGUGGCCCCGGUGGCGGUGGCGGUGGUUUCGGUGGUGGCCGAGGUGGUGGAGGAUAUGGCGGUGGCCGUGGAGGCGGAGGCUAUGGUGGCGGACGUGAUGGCGGCUCUUACUCUGGUGGCGGCUACCAAGGUGGAGGCGGCUACUCUGGCGGCGGUGGUUACCAGGGAGGCGGAGGCGGCUAUGGAGGUGGCUAUGGUGGUGGGGAGCAACAGGGUGGCGGCCGCUGGCAGUAGGGUCCUGGUGUUGAGUGGACGUUGAUCUCCGAUCUCUGGCGCGCUCGUACGGAAUGAGGUCAAGAAAAGUUAGCCUUGGGUUGUUGCAGCGAAAGUUAAUUGUGCGGUGGACCUUAGAA